GUGAACUUUUGUUUGGGAACCGAGAGCAAGCCCAGCUGAAAGAUACCCCUGGACUGCUUUCACGUGAACUUUGUUCGCUUGUGUCCUUUAGAAUUUUUAGAAACUGUGAUAUGGAAAUUGCUCAUGGGAAAUCAAAUUAACAGCAGUUAUAUUUCAAAGAGGAGGGGCAGGGGGGUGCAUUUAGGGAGGAGUUCCCAAGAAGAUUGGGAAUUUUAAGUUGUCUGGUUCAUUAUAUUAUUUUCAAAUAUAUUUUUGUAUACCUGAAAUAUUUUGUAAUAGGCUUUAAAGGAAAAAUAAGCAGCUGAAAGUGUUUUUAUUUUUUCCUGUCCUCGACUCUUUUAAACUCGAUAUUCAUAAAAUUAGGUCUCCACUUGCUGAACUACCCAUAUUCCUGCCGGGAGAGAGCGGGUACUGCGCAGUUAUUUAAGAUUUAUAGCCUCUUAAAUCCGAUAAGAGGCACUGAUUUCUUGCCACGUGCUUUCGAAAAAUAGACUUUCUGCACGGCGACCAGGUUCGUCUGAAAAAUGGGUAAAACCUGUUAGGAAUUAAUUUCCCCAAAGGAUGCGAGGAGCUGGGCGCUGGGGAGUCCACGGCGUUGCGCACACCAAAGGGGAGACGAAUUGGAGGAGGAGGAGAGGAGGGAGGCGACGGUGUGCGGGGAGGAGCCACAAACCCUCUUCUACACACCCAAAUGACCGGAUUCAUCACAGCACGAAACUUCACAAGGUUUUUGGCAUAGCUGCAGAGACGCAGAUGAGACUGUGAUGGCCAGCUCCAGGGGCAGGUGCUGAGACGCUUCCCAGCCACCGUCACUGUUCAUCCUGACAUCAUCACCAGGCUCCGUAUCUAAAUGCCACAGUGCUCUUGGGGCAAGUUGGGCUGGGAACCGUUGUUGCCUUGUAAGACCAUAAAACCAUGGGAAACGCAGAAAGUCAAAAUGUCGUGCAUGAGUUCUAUGGAGACAAGCACGCCGUCCUGGGGCGCAAGCACACGUCGCGAUCCCUGCGCCUGUCGCACAAGGCGCGGCGGACCAGGCACGCCUCCUCCGGCAAGGUGAUCCACAGGAACUCCGAAGUGAGUACCCGGUCCAGCAGCACCCCCAGCAUCCCCCAGUCCCUGGCUGAAAAUGGCCUGGAGCCCUUCUCCCAGGAAGGCACCCUCGAGGACUUCGGGAGCCCCAUUUGGGUGGACCGAGUGGAUAUGGGCUUGAGACCCGUGUCUUACACCGAUUCCUCCGUCGCUCCCAGCGUGGACAGCAGCAUCGUCCUCACAGCAGCCUCCGUGCAGAGCAUGCCAGACUCGGAAGACAGCCGGCUUUAUGGGGAUGACGCGACGUACUUGGCGGAGGGCGGCAGGCGGCAGCGCCCCUAUGCCUCCAACGGACCCGCGUUCAUGGAGACGGCGAGCUUUAAGAAGAAACGCUCCAAAUCCGCAGACAUCUGGCGGGAGGACAGCCUGGAAUUCUCACUGUCUGAUCUGAGCCAAGAACAUUUAACAAGCAACGAAGAGAUCUUGGGUUCCGCCGAGGAGAAAGACUGCGAGGAGGCUCGGGCGAUGGAAACCCGGGCGAGUCCGCGGCAGCUCAGUGCCUGUCAACGGGCCAAUUCUCUGGGGGACUUGUACGCUCAGAAGAACCCUGGGGUGACGGCAAACGGGGGGCCCAGGAGCAAACUUGCAGGCUACUGUCGGAAUUUGGUGUCUGACAUCCCUGAUCUCGCAAACCAUAAGAUGCCACCAGCUGCCGCUGAAGAGGCUCUCCCCUACAGUAAUUAUAACACACUCCCCUGUAGGAAAUCUCACUGUCUCUCUGAAGGUGCCACCAACCCACAGAUUAGCCAUAGCAGCAGCAUGCAAGGCAGAAGAGCAAAAACCACUCAGGAUGUUAACACAGGCGAGGGUAGCGAGUUUGCUGACAGCGGGAUCGAAGGGGCCACCACCGACACGGACCUCCUGUCCCGGCGAUCCAAUGCCACUAACUCCAGCUACUCGCCCCCCACCGGCCGUGCCUUUGUGGGCAGCGACAGCGGCAGCAGCUCCACCGGGGACGCGGCCCGCCAGGGGGUGUAUGAGAAUUUUCGCCGGGAGCUGGAGAUGAGCACCACGAACAGCGAGAGCCUGGAGGAGGCGGGCUCCGCGCACAGCGACGAGCAGAGCAGCGGCACCCUGAGCUCCCCGGGCCAGUCCGACAUCCUGCUCACGGCCGCCCAGGGCACAGUGCGCAAGGCCGGCGCCCUGGCCGUCAAGAACUUCCUGGUGCACAAGAAGAACAAGAAGGUGGAGUCAGCCACGCGGAGGAAGUGGAAGCACUACUGGGUGUCCUUGAAAGGGUGCACACUCUUCUUCUAUGAGGGCGACGGCAGGUCCGGGAUAGACCACAACAGCGUCCCCAAGCACGCCGUCUGGGUGGAGAACAGCAUUGUACAGGCAGUUCCGGAGCACCCCAAGAAGGACUUCGUCUUCUGCCUCAGCAAUUCCCUGGGCGAUGCCUUCCUCUUCCAGACCACCAGCCAGACGGAGCUGGAGAACUGGAUCACCGCCAUCCACUCUGCUUGCGCGGCCGCUGUCGCAAGACACCACCACAAAGAGGACACGCUCCGGCUGCUGAAGUCGGAGAUCAAAAAACUGGAACAAAAGAUUGACAUGGACGAGAAGAUGAAGAAAAUGGGCGAAAUGCAGCUGUCUUCCGUCACGGAUUCAAAGAAGAAGAAAACUAUAUUAGAUCAGAUCUUUGUCUGGGAGCAGAAUCUUGAGCAGUUCCAAAUGGACCUGUUUCGGUACCGCUGUUACCUAGCCAGCCUCCAAGGCGGAGAGCUGCCCAACCCUAAAAGGUUACUUGCCUUUGCAAGCAGACCAACCAAAGUGGCAAUGGGCCGCCUUGGAAUUUUUUCCGUGUCAUCUUUUCAUGCCCUGGUGGCUGCCCGCACUGGUGAAACUGGAGUCAGAAGACGUACUCAGGCCAUGUCCCGAUCUGCAAGCAAGAGAAGGAGCAGGUUUUCUUCUCUUUGGGGUCUGGACACUACCUCUAAAAAGAAGCAGGGACGCCCAAGCAUCAAUCAGGUGUUCGGUGAGGGAACUGAGGCUGUAAAGAAAUCUUUAGCGGGAGUAUUUGAUGACACUGUUCCAGAUGGCAAGAGGGAGAAAGAAAUGGUCUUACCUGCCGUCCACCAGCACAAUCCUGACUGUGACAUUUGGGUCCAUGAGUAUUUCACCCCAUCCUGGUUCUGUCUACCGAACAAUCAGCCAGCCCUGACGGUCGUCCGGCCGGGGGACACGGCCCGGGAUACCCUGGAGCUGAUCUGCAAGGCGCAUAAACUGGAUCAUUCUGCUCAUUACCUGCGCCUGAAAUUUCUAAUAGAAAACAAAAUGCAGCAUUAUGUGCCAAAGCCCGAGGAGGACAUUUAUGAGCUGCUGUACAAAGAAAUUGAAAUUUGUCCAAAAGUCACUCAGAACAUCCAGAUUGAGAAGUCAGAUACAGCUGGUGAUAAUUAUGGAUUUUCACUUUCUUCUGUGGAAGAGGAUGGUGUUCGAAGGCUCUACGUGAAUAGUGUAAAAGAAACUGGCUUAGCUUCCAAGAAAGGCCUGAAGGCGGGAGAUGAGAUUCUUGAGAUCAAUAAGCGGGCUGCAGGCACCCUGAACUCCUCUGUGCUCAGAGAUUUCCUCACACAGCCGUCCCUGGGCCUCCUGGUGAGGACCUGCCCCGAGCUGGAGGGAGGAGCAGAGCUGCUGGAGAACCCGCCCCAUCGGCUGGACGGCCCGGCUGACCUCGGCGAGAGCCCCCUCGCCUUUCUCAGCAGUGACACAGGCCACAGCCUCUGCAGCGAGCAGGGCAGCAGUGCUGAGGCUGCUCCGGAGGAGGUGGAAGGGCCGGACUUGGAAUCCUCAGAUGAUACUGAUCACAGCAGCAAGAGCACGGAGCAGGUGGCCGCGUUCUGCCGUAGUCUGCACGAGAUGAAGCCCUCUGACCCGAGCCCGUCCCCCCAGGACUGCACUGGGCCUCAGCUGGCCGCCCUGAGGCAGCUCACGGAUGCCGACAAGCUGCGCAAGGUCAUCUGCGAGCUCCUGGAGACAGAGCGCACCUACGUGAAGGACUUAAACUGUCUCAUGGAGAGAUACCUAAAACCUCUUCAAAAAGAAACUUUUCUCACCCAGGAUGAGCUUGAUGUGCUUUUUGGAAAUUUAACCGAAAUGGUAGAGUUUCAAGUAGAAUUCCUUAAAACUCUGGAAGAUGGAGUGAGAUUGGUACCUGAUUUGGAAAAGCUUGAGAAAGUUGAUCAAUUUAAGAAAGUGCUGUUCUCCCUGGGGGGAUCCUUUCUGUAUUACGCUGACCGCUUCAAGCUCUACAGUGCCUUCUGCGCCAGCCACACGAAGGUCCCCAAGGUCCUGGUGAAAGCCAAGACGGACGCAGCUUUCAAGGCGUUCCUGGACGCCCAGAACCCAAAGCAGCAGCACUCGUCCACCCUGGAGUCUUACCUCAUCAAGCCCAUCCAGAGGAUCCUUAAGUAUCCGCUUCUGCUGAAGGAGCUUUUUGCUCUGACGGACGCGGAGAGUGAGGAACACUACCACCUGGAUGUGGCCAUCAAGACUAUGAACAAGGUUGCAAGUCAUAUCAAUGAAAUGCAGAAAAUCCAUGAGGAAUUUGGGGCUGUGUUUGACCAGCUGAUCGCUGAACAGACUGGUGAGAAAAAAGAGGUUGCGGAUCUGAGCAUGGGAGACCUGCUGUUGCAUACCACCGUCAUCUGGCCAAACCCGCCCGCCUCACUGGGCAAGUGGAAAAAGGAGCCUGAAUUGGCAGCAUUUGUCUUCAAAACUGCCGUGGUCCUUGUCUAUAAAGAUGGUACCAAACAGAAGAAGAAACUUGUAGGAUCACACAGGCUUUCAAUUUACGAGGACUGGGACCCCUUCCGAUUUCGACACAUGAUUCCUACUGAAGCUCUGCAGGUUCGCGCUCUGGCAAGUGCAGAUGCAGAAGCAAAUGCCGUGUGUGAAAUCGUCCAUGUAAAGUCGGAGUCGGAAGGGAGGCCGGAGAGGGUCUUCCACCUGUGCUGCAGCUCCCCAGAGAGCCGAAAGGAUUUCCUGAAGGCUGUGCAUUCCAUCCUGCGAGAUAAGCACAGAAGACAGCUCCUGAAGACUGAGAGCCUUCCCUCGUCCCAGCAAUAUGUCCCUUUCGGAGGAAAGCGGUUGUGUGCGCUGAAAGGGGCCAGGCCGGCUAUGAGCAGGGCAGUGUCCGCCCCAAGCAAGUCUCUUGGGAGGAGGAGGCGGCGACUGGCCCGAAACAGGUUUACCAUUGAUUCCGAUGCCAUCUCCGCCAGCAGCCCGGAGAAAGACCCCCAGCAGCCCCCUGGUGGUGGGGACACUGACCGCUGGGUGGAGGAACAGUUUGAUCUUGCUCAGUAUGAAGAGCAGGAUGACAUCAAGGAGACAGACAUCCUCAGUGACGAUGAUGAGUUCUGUGAGUCGGCCAAGGGCGCCUCGGCGGACAGAGACCUGCAGGAGCGGCUUCAGGCUGCCUCCAUCACUCAGCGGGAGAAAGGCCGGAAGCCCCUGGACAGCCACGCGUCCCGCAUGACGCAGCUCAAGAAGCAAGCCGCCCUGUCGGGCAUCAACGGAGGCCCGGAGAGUACGAGCGAGGAGGUCAUUUGGGUUAGGCGCGAAGACUUUGCCCCCUCCCGCAAGCUGAACACUGAGAUCUGACUGUGUCACGUUCUCCCCAUCCUUAGCGAGUCCGUGUAGAUACGUCUCCUGCUCCCCCAUCCCCACCCCACUCCACCGCCCCCCCACACUCCCCCCACGGGACCCACGAUGGCGGGGGGGAAAAAAGCUCCCUUUAAGUCGCACUCUUGCACACAAACAGUUUUGGCAGCUGACUUUGUUCUGAAGCCAUGUAGCCACCCAACUUGAUCAUUUUUAACCACAUCGGAAAGAAUUGUCCAAGAAUUCCAAAUCAGCUUGAGCUUCUGUAUAUUAUUACCAAGGGCUUUUAUUUAUUCUCAAUUAAUCAGGGCCUAAAAGAAUUAAAAAAAGAAAAAUUCUAUAGCACUGGAAAGCAAAUUACCCCAGGAGUUGAACUAUGUACAACAGAUUAGCUUAAGGGAUAGCACAUAAAAAAUUAAUAAGGACUCUAUCUGAAAUUAAUCCAGGAGCCACUUCCUAGUUGGGAAAACAACUGUACAGCUUGCAGUGUUCUUUCUCCUUUCCCUCUUAAAUGUCUGAGAAUAUCUGUGUAUUUUAAGAACGUGUGAGGAGAGGGUGAAGAUUUAUGUUUUGAUGAGCCUUUUUAAAUUUUUCCGUUUUUUCCUCUUCUGUUUUAGUCUAUGGCUGGUCUUGAUGUCGGUGUUCGGAAGUUCUAGUUUUGCAUAGAAUUAUAAAGAUGCCAAACUCCUUGAAAAGAGAUCCAAAUUUAUCAUUUAAAAAAACACUAUUUUUUGUAUUUUAUCUCAGAUGCAGGGGGGCACAAACAGAUGAGACUUUUACAGUGUAGUGUAACUCUGAGUUUAAAGAAUGAGGAUUUUACCUUUUACAGAGAGUGAGGUGUGGUGAUUUUAUAUUUAUAUAUGAAAGGCCAACAAGAUGCUUAGGAGAAGCUUUUUGCCCAAGAAGCAGUUUUUCUUUUUCUUUUUUUUUUUUUUUUAAUGUUUGAAUCUCUAUUUGAGAUGGGAGCUUGGUUGGAUUAAACGUGACACCGGAAUGGGCAGUGUGUGUGUCUGUUGCACAUGGCGGGGGAGGGGAGACUCCUUUUCACGGGGUUGCCAUGGUGAUCAUUGGUUUUCCCAUCAUAGUUACAUCUCCAUCCAUAGAUGACCUACCCCUUCCCUGAGAGUCCAUAACCAAACCUUUUAACAAAACAACCUUUUCAAAAACAUGUGUUUAACACUUUCUUCAUGCCAACAAACAGGGUAAACAUGCUAAAAAAAAGAAAACAACUAAUGUUCUAAACAGAUUUCCAAACAGGAUGAACAAAAACAAUUUAAAGCACUUUCAAAAAAAUUUUUUUAAAGGUUUAUAGCUUUUUUUUCCCCCCCAUUUCACAAUGUCCACUUCCUAAAAAAGGUUUAAAUAAUAUGAAAACUUUCUUUUUGGGGAAAAUAUCUAUUUGGUGUUUGACACAUCAGUAGGUACUUUAAAGACCUGAAUUUUAUAGUAGCUUUAGGAAUUAUAUUUUAUAAAGACCAGUUAUGAAUUUAUAUUUCCAGACAAUAGAGAGUUCAGAACAUCACGCUCUUGUGCCCCUGCUCGCUUUACCUGCUUCCCCACCCUGUAUCCCUUCCCUUUCGGGUUUCCAGGGCUUUGAGCUUGAUCUUUUGAGAGUUUUAUUCUAUUAAAUUUUUGCUAUAUCUUCUGAUUUUCUUAAAGAGCUUUAGAAUGGUUUCUAUACCCUUUGUAUCACUGCAUUGUUCCAUAUCAUCUCUAAUUCGAUUGUGUCUGGGUGGAAAACGGAAGCGGAGGCUUCUAAUAGUCCCACUGACCAGUCCCAGUGCAACGGGUUUGUCUGAAAAUGCUGGAAAGUCUGGUGCUUGGAGAGGGUGCCAUUGUCUCUUGUACAUAAGGUCAUGAUGUGUCUAUGUCAAAAGUUCUUAUAUAUUUCUUUUAUAAGCUGAAAGAAGGUCUAUUUUUAUGUUUUUAGGUCUAUGAAUGGAACGUUGUAAAUGCCUGUCAAACAAUAAAAAAUAUUGAAAAGUG